UUGUCUGACGACGACUACAAAACCAACAUGUAUCCCGACAGCGAGGCAUUUCUAGCCAGCGGUAUGGAGCGAGUCACGCGCACAGAAUACAACGUCCAGCAAAACUGCGCAAUAUGCCUAGACCCGCUCCUCAUGCUCCCCGAGCAGUCGUCCAGCCAAGAUAAGACGUUGCACUCCGCUGUGCGCAUCAAGUCCUGCGGCCAUGUCCACGGCCGUCGCUGCUUAACCGAGUGGCUGCAAGUCGGUCACACAUGCCCUACCUGCAAUACGAUGCUUUUCCCACCUCGAGCCGAAAAGCAGCUCACCGAGGACGAACUCACAGAGUUGAUGAGCCAGCUCGCACGCCGGAUCGGAGCCGACAAGGCGUACUACCUCAUCUCGGAUUGCGUGGGCAAGGUCGAGCGGGGGUUUCUGGCGACGCGGUUGGAGGUGGAGAGGGAUUUGGAGGCCGAGCGAGAAAUGGCCCUGGAUGAGGAAGAGUCGGGCGACGAGUGGUUCGUAUCAGAUGACGAUGCAGACAUGGAGGAUUGGGAGGAUGAAAAUGAUGGUGAUAUGAAGACGGAAUACGACGAAGACGAAGAGAUGGACGGCGAUGAAGAGGACGAGGCUGAAGAAGAAGAGGAAGAGUCGAAAAGCAAUCAAUGCUGA